GUAAUUUGAUUUUUUUUGCUUCUAUUCUUUUGUUUAUGAACUAUUUAAUUUAGUAUCCUUGUCUGUAAAAAUACAUCAUUUUCAUCGAAAGCUAGGUGAAGUUCUGCAAUAAUAAUGGAUUACACUUCUUGUCAAUUGAGCACUUCUUAUCUUACUUUCUGGUCCUUUCUCUUUCUCCUUAUUAUUUUUUUUUGUCUUUUUUUGAAAAAAAAUUUUCAUUUUCAACAUUUUUCAACUUAGCAUUGCUAUAGUCCAACUGCGGUAUUCGCAGAAGGCGAUCCUUAUAACUUUGCAACUCCCAGCAUUAUACCAAAAAUUUUAAAAAUGGGAAAACGCUCAAUUAAAGAGGUUAAAGAUACCGACUUGGAAAAGAAGGUGGAAGGAGAGAAUGUAAAACCCAAAGAAAAGAAGAGCAGUAAGCACGAGCACAAGAAGCAAAAGAAAACGAGCGAGAAAUCUGAUAAGAAGAAGAAAGACAAGAAGGAAAAGAAAAGAAAGGAAAAAUCUGAAGCAGAAUCUACUUCUCAGGAGGGAGAAAGUAAUGGUGAAGAAGAGAAGACAACCCCCAAACAGGAUUCUUCUCAGUCUACCACAAACGAGGCUGCUCGCAAAGAGUAUGCAAAGGAGCAUGAAAUCAACUAUUUGGAUCCUCUCUCUAAAACUCCGUUGUUGCCUUUAUUGGAUUUCUCUGAACUUCCAAUCCACGAUAAUUUAAGAUUGGGCUUAAAGAACUUUAAGGAUCCUACUCCAAUUCAAGCUGCUUCAUGGCCUUAUUUAUUUGCUGGAAGAGACGUUGUUGGUAUUGCUGAAACUGGUUCUGGUAAGACAGUUGCUUUUGGUAUUCCAGCUCUACAGUAUCUGCAAAAUCUACCCAAAGAAAAGCCAACAACACGUAUUUUGGUUGUAAGUCCAACUAGAGAAUUGGCUAUCCAAACAUAUGAAAAUAUUAAAGGUUUAACUUCAGAUACUAUGUUUAAGGUUGCUGUAGUUUACGGAGGUGCCCCAAAGAAUGAACAAGUUCGCGCUGCUCGUGAUGCUAGUGUAAUCAUUGGUACCCCAGGAAGAUUGCUUGAUUUAAUCAACGACGGUGCUGUUGAUUGUUCGAAUGUUGGUUAUUUGGUAUUGGACGAAGCCGAUCGUAUGUUGGAUACAGGUUUUGAACAAGACAUUCGAAACAUUAUAAGUCAAACACCCGAUCCUCUGAAGGGAGGAGCCCGUCAAACUGUCUUUUAUAGUGCUACUUGGCCUGAAUCUGUUCGAUCACUUGCCGCUACCUUUUUGAAGGAUCCCGUAAAAAUUACUAUUGGUAGUGAUGAGUUGUCUGCUUCUCAAAAUAUCACUCAAAUAGUAGAGUUGUUGAAUGAUUCCAGAGAAAAGGAAAGAACUUUAAUUAAUAUUAUUUCCAAGAAUUUAGCUUCUGCUAAACAAGGAGAUAAGAUUUUGGUGUUUGUUUUGUACAAAAAGGAAGCUGCCCGAGUCGAAAAUACCUUGGCUAGAAGAUUUAAUGCUGUAGGAAUUCAUGGUGAUAUGUCUCAAGGUGCUCGUAUCCAAGCACUCGAAAGCUUCAAAUCUAAUAAAUCACCUGUUUUGGUUGCUACCGAUGUUGCAGCUCGUGGUCUCGAUAUCCCCAAGGUGCAACUUGUGAUUAAUGUCACCUUCCCAUUGACAAUUGAGGAUUAUAUCCACCGUAUUGGCCGUACUGGAAGAGCAAAUACUAAGGGUGUUGCUCAUACUUUUUUCACUCCUGAAGACAAAUCUCAUGCAGGUGAACUCAUCAAUGUUUUGCGUCAAGCUAAACAGGAGAUCCCUGAGGGAUUAUACAAGUAUGGCACCGCUGUAAAGCCCAAAGUAAACGCUUAUGGUUCUCGUAUCACAAAUGAUGCUCCUAUGAAAGCAGCUACUAAAAUUACCUUUGAUUGAGCUUGAUUUAGCAACAAUUGCUUUCCUUUAAAUUCCAAGUACUUGGAACUGAAUUUUUGAGUCAGUAGUCUUUUAUUCUUCCGUUUUCAAAUUGAAAACUACAAAAGGAAAAGAUGCCUGCCGGUCUUUUGGGAAUUUUUAAUUUUUUGGUCAAACUGGAAAAGUAUUUUUUUUUACGUUUAUAAGGGACAAGGUUUAUACAUUUAUAUGUAUAUAAUAA